AGUAGUAGGCCAUAGUGUCUUGUGACACAUACAGUUAUUUUUGGUGGAAUUAUUUUUUUUUUGUCGCUAAAAGUUGCUCCAUUUUUCCUUUUUAAAUUCACCGUGAAAAUGUUGAUUCAACGAUAUCAGACGUUUAAUUAAAUUAUCUUUCGUGUGUUUGGUGCAGUCGCGAAUCUAUCGAAAAUACAUAUAAAAGUGCUGUGUACGAGAGAGUCUAUUUUGAUUAUAAAUUGAACAUAUCAGAAACACCACUCCUUCGCAAUGUUGAACAACACAUUAGCUAUCACAUUUAGGCAUUUCCCUAAUAUGCCCGUUAAACAUGUCGAUCUGAAAUGUUUCUCAACGUUACUACAAUGUGCAGUCUCGAAAACGGCGAUAAGAAAUGGAUAUAACGAGGAAAGAAGUCAGCACAAUGUUAACUUGAAGCUAAAGCGUGACUUUUCACAAUUUCAACGCAAGAGUCUACGAAUAAAUCCACUAGAUGAUAGGAACUAUUCCCAUUAUGAGAUAAUUCAGCGAGACAGCGAUCAAAAGAACUCCGAAGAUGUUCUCUUCGACAUGUUCCGGAGUAGCACUUCGGAUACAUUACCAGUGGGCAAAUUUUUGGCCGCAUUACGAACAUCUGGUAUUCGCAUGAAUGAUCCACGUAUUCAUGAAAUGAUGGAAAAUCUCAGGAAAGUGCAUCGAAUGUCCAAUUAUGAGGGCGGUAGUCCGGAAACUCAAAAUCUAAAUCGAGAAACUUUUAAAUCGGUAGUGGCCCCGAAUAUUGUUCUACUAGCUAAGGCAUUUCGACAUCAAUUCGUUAUACCUGACUUUCUGGGCUUCACUAAAGACAUAGAAGAGAUUUACUGGAAUUGUAAGAGUAACAGAGAUGGCAAAGUGGCUGCAUACAUCCCCCAAUUACAGCGCGUGAACCCAGACUAUUGGGGAGUGAGUGUAUGUACAAUUGAUGGUCAACGUUUCUCUAUCGGCGAUGUUAACGUUCCGUUUACUCUACAAAGUUGCAGCAAACCGUUGACUUAUGCCAUUGCACUAGAGAAAUUAGGGCAAGAUCUGGUUCAUCAGUAUGUCGGACAGGAGCCCAGUGGAAGAAAUUUCAAUGAGCUGGUGCUGGAUUACAAUAAGAAGCCACACAAUCCUAUGAUCAAUGCUGGAGCGAUAUUAGUGUGUUCUCUCCUGAAGACGUUGGUAAAACCGGAAAUGACUUUGGCUGAAAAGUUUGAUUACACGAUGCAGUGGUUUAGGAGAUUAUCGGGUGGCGACAACUUCGGGUUCAAUAAUGCGGUGUUCUUAUCGGAAAGAGAGGCUGCUGAUCGGAAUUAUGCCCUCGGAUUUUACAUGCGCGAACAUAAAUGUUAUCCGGAAAAGGCAAAUCUUCGAGAGUGCAUGGACUUCUAUUUUCAGUGCUGUUCGAUGGAAUCAACUUGUGAUUCGAUGUCAAUUGUAGCAGCUACGCUUGCCAACGGUGGCAUCUGUCCGAUAACUGAAGAAAAGGUUCUGAGACCCGAAGUUGUCAGAGACGUUUUAUCGUUGAUGCAUUCUUGUGGCAUGUACGAUUAUUCCGGACAAUUUGCAUUCAAAGUGGGCGUACCAGCUAAGAGUGGUGUAAGCGGCGGAAUGCUUGUGGUCAUACCGAAUGUUAUGGGAAUAUUCGUUUGGUCGCCACCGUUGGAUCCGUUAGGCAAUACGUGCCGUGGAGUUCAAUUCUGUGAAGAACUAGUUCAAAUUUUCAACUUCCAUCGCUACGACAACCUGAAACAUGCAACAAACAAAAAAGAUCCUCGCCGACAUCGCUACGAGACGAAGGGUCUUUCGAUUGUCAACUUGUUGUUUUCAGCGGCUAGUGGAGAUGUAACUGCACUUAGAAGACAUAAGCUGUCUGGAAUGGAUAUCACAUUGAGUGACUAUGACGGAAGAACUGCUUUGCAUUUAGCCGCAUCAGAAGGACAUCUUGAAUGUGUCGAAUUUUUGCUCGAACAAUGUAACGUACCACACGACCCGCGGGAUCGUUGGGGUAACACUCCAGUGGAUGAAGCUGAAACGUUCGGCCAUCACAAAGUGGUCGAAUUUCUACAGAACUAUGACAAUAAAAUGAAAUCUCAAGCAGCUAUUCAGAAGGUACUGGAUGACGAAGCGAAAUCGUAUGGCGGUGGUGACGGUGCCAGUGGUGAUUCUGCACCGCCGAAAGGCAACGUACUGUACGACAAAAGCGCUACUUCAACACCAUUUCCUGAUGACGAUCGCACCGAUCCGAAAUCCAUGUUUUAAGGCCGAUUCGUAUUGUAAAUGUGCUUUAGAUCCAGUUCAAUUAGCGUAAUGAAUUUUAUCUCGUAAACACUUAAAACUGUGUGUGAGGGGGCGUUCUUAAAAAGACAGAUGACAAUAAAUGGAAAGAAAAUCUUUA